CCGGCGCGGCUGUUAUGGAAACGGGCAGGGCGCGCAGGAGGCGAUAAUGGGGCGGCCAUGGCCGGGGCCGGCAGGUGCAGCACGGACGCUGCCGGGGCGCAGGGGGCCGGGGGCGCCGGGCGGCCGGAGCCGGGGGAGCUGUCCCUGGAGGAGGUGCUGAAGGCCUACGAGCAGCCCAUCAACGAGGAGCAGGCGUGGGCCGUGUGCUUCCAGGGCUGCCGCGGGCUGCGGGGCGCGCCGGGUGGAGGGCGGCGCAUCCGGGACACGGCGGACAUCCUCCUGCGGCGGGACGGCUCGGUCAGCGCGCGGCGGGAGCCGGGAGCCGCGGAGUCCACAAUGAUGGUGUUGUCACCAGCCAGCUCAGAAGCCCAGAUGGUGCAGUCACUGGGCUUUGCCAUCUAUCGCGCACUGGACUGGGGUCUGGACGACAGUGAGGAGCGAGAGCUCAGCCCACAGCUGGAGCAGCUCAUCGACCUCAUGGCCAACAAUGACUGUGAGGACAGCAGCUGUGGGGCUGCCGAUGAGGGCUAUGGGGGCCCGGAGGAGGAAGAAGAGGCCGACGGUGGCCCCCGUGCCGUGCGCACCUUUGCCCAGGCCAUGCGGCUGUGUGCGGCACGCCUGACAGACCCCCGGGGUGCACAGGCCCACUACCAGGCGGUGUGCCGGGCGCUCUUUGUGGAGACGCUGGAGCUGCGGGCCUUCCUCGCCAGGGUCCGUGAGGCCAAGGAGAUGCUGCAGAAGCUCCGGGAGGAUGAGCUGCAAGCAGAGAAGCCCCUGGCAGAGCUUGACAACCUAGGACACACAGACUGGGCCCGACUCUGGGUCCAGCUCAUGAGGGAGCUCCGCCAUGGAGUGAAGCUCAAGAAAGUUCAGGAGCAGGAAUUUAACCCCUUGCCCACCGAGUUCCAGCUCACUCCUUUUGAGAUGCUGAUGCAGGACAUCCGUGCCAGGAACUACAAGCUACGCAAGGUCAUGGUCGAUGGAGACAUCCCUCCCAGGGUGAAGAAGGAUGCCCAUGAACUCAUCCUGGACUUCAUCCGCUCCCGCCCUCCACUGAAACAGGUCUCAGAGAGAAGGCUUCGCCCCUUACCUCAAAAGCAGAGGACCCUGCAUGAGAAGAUCCUGGAGGAGAUCAAGCAGGAGCGGAGGCUGCGCCCAGUGGGAGGCCAAUGCUGGGGUGGCCGGGGGUUUGGCUCUCUGCCCUGCAUCCUCAAUGCCUGUUCUGGGGAUUCCAAAUCCACUUCCUGCAUCAACCUGUCCAUCACGGAUGCCGGGAACAACAGUCAGCGCCCACGGCCCCGGGUCUUGCUCAAGGCACCCACCUUGGCUGAGAUGGAGGAGAUGAACACAUCUGAGGAGGAAGAAUCUCCGUGUGGGGAGGUGACACUGAAACGGGACCGCUCUUUCUCAGAGCAUGACCUGGUCCAGCUACGGAGUGAAGUGGCCUCUAGCCUGCAGCCAGCCACUCAGCCCCAAGGAGGGUUGGAAUCAUCCCGGCCCCGUGCAGGCAGUGUGCAUUCCUGGAGGUCAAGCACCCAGGAACAAGGUUCCUUCCCUGUGAGAGUCCAAGCCCAGCCUGACCCCAGCUCCCUACCACCCAGUGACCUAGACUCAGCAGAGGACAAGCCAGCAGCUUCUGCGGCCCCAGACACCAAUCACCUGUGGCUGGAGUUCAGCCACCCUGUGGAGAGCCUUGCUCUGACUGUGGAGGAGGUGAUGGAUGUGCGCCGCGUGCUGGUGAAGGCUGAGAUGGAGAAGUUCCUGCAGGACAAGGAGCUUGUCAGCAGUCUGAAGAAGGGGAAGAUUUGCUGCUGCUGCCGAACCAAGUUCCCGCUGUUCUCUUGGCCACCCACCUGUCUCUUUUGCAAGAGGGCUGUCUGCACUUCCUGUAGCAUAAAGAUGAAGAUGCCUUCUAAGAAGUUUGCACACAUUCCCGUCUACACGCUGGGCUUUGAGAGUCCUCGGAGGGUGUCAACUACCAAACCUACACCAAGCCAGAGAAGAGAUGCCUUCCAAUCCCUGCAGGGGCCCCAGUGGCAGAGUGUGGAGGAGGCAUUCCCACACAUCUAUACCCACGGCUGUAUCCGCAAGGAUGUUUGCAGCGACUGCACCAGCUUUGUGGCAGACGUGGUGCGCUCUAGCCGCAAGAGUGUGGAUGCACUCAACACUACGCCUCGCCGUACCCGCCAGACGCAGUCCCUCUACAUCCCUAACACCUGGACUCUCAACUUCAAGUAAUGGCUCUCAGCCUUACUGGACCACCCAGCCAGAGACAUUUCAAGGAGGCCAGACAUCUGGGGAGGAGCCAGGCUAGGCCUGGACAUGUUUGAGAAACUCCCCAUUCUGGGGCAUAGCUGCUAGCCUGCCCUCCUGAGUGUGCAUGUACAUAUAUAUACAUAUAUAGAUACAUUUAUAUAAUAUAUACACACAGCCUAUAUAUUUAUAUACAUGUCUCCUGGCCCCAGAGUUUAUUUAGGGUCAGGCUCACUCCAGGACCCUCCCUGGGGGAGGUAAUUUCCUUUUGGGAGUCCUUGGGUGGGGUACAGGAUGGGGCAGGAAUGGGUUUUCUCACUCAGGAAGGACAGCAGUGGAUUCUAGAUAAUAGAGCUCUGAAAGACCCUACCCCUGUAUUUGUUCUCUUCUCCAUCCCAAGGAUGAGAACACAGCAGCUUCCCCUCCCUAGGUGGAUGUCCAGACUGGGACAGGACACCUUGGUCCCCAGGUAGGCAGGAGCACUCUGCUGGCCUCUGUGCUCUGAGCAGAACCUGGCCUGCAGACACAGCCAGGAAGACCAUCAGUGGAUAGAUACUCUCCUAGCACCAUCUCACCCUUCCAAUUGGAAGGUCCAAGGCCAAGCUCACUCCUUGCCCCCUACCCAGCAUCCAUUCCCCAGCCAUCUGCCACAUCUGGCUGGUAUUGCUGUCCUCACAGACUCAGAGGUCCAGAGAUGGUGCUGGUUCCAGGGCCCUGGUGAUGCUGGCGGUCCUGGUCCAGGAAGAAACUCUGUAAAUUUGUACACAUGGCUGCUCUUGGCCUAAUAAAGGUGGUCUCACA